CAUUGCUGGAGAAGAGGACAAAGAUACUCAGAGAGAAAAAGUAAAGGACCGAAGAAGGAGACUGGAGAGACCAGGAUUCUUCCAGCUGAACAAAGCUGUAAAGCAGACUAGCCAGCCGGCUACAAUUGAAGUCAGAGUCCCAAAGACAUGGGUUUGUUAGAGUGCUGUGCAAGAUGUCUCGUAGGGGCCCCCUUUGCCUCCUUGGUGGCCACUGGAUUGUGUUUCUUUGGGGUGGCGCUGUUCUGUGGCUGUGGACAUGAAGCCCUCACUGGUACAGAAAAACUAAUUGAGACCUAUUUCUCCAAAAACUACCAGGACUAUGAGUAUCUUAUCAAUGUGAUCCAUGCCUUUCAGUAUGUCAUCUAUGGAACUGCCUCUUUCUUCUUCCUUUAUGGGGCCCUCCUGCUGGCUGAGGGUUUCUACACCACCGGUGCAGUCAGGCAGAUCUUUGGCGACUACAAGACCACCAUCUGCGGCAAGGGCCUGAGCGCAACGGUAACAGGGGGCCAGAAGGGGAGGGGUUCCAGAGGCCAACAUCAAGCUCAUUCUUUGGAGCGGGUGUGUCAUUGUUUGGGAAAAUGGCUAGGACAUCCCGACAAGUUUGUGGGCAUCACCUAUGCCCUGACUGUUGUGUGGCUCCUGGUGUUUGCCUGUUCUGCUGUGCCUGUGUACAUUUACUUCAACACCUGGACCACCUGCCAGUCUAUUGCCUCCCCCAGCAAGACCUCUGCCAGUAUAGGCAGCCUCUGUGCUGAUGCCAGAAUGUAUGGCGUUCUCCCAUGGAAUGCUUUCCCUGGCAAGGUGUGUGGCUCUAACCUUCUGUCCAUCUGUAAAACAGCUGAGUUCCAAAUGACCUUCCACCUGUUUGUUGCUGCGUUUGUGGGGGCUGCAGCCACACUGGUUUCUCUGCUCACCUUCAUGAUUGCUGCCACUUACAACUUUGCUGUCCUUAAACUCAUGGGCCGAGGCACCAAGUUCUGAUUGCCUGUAGAAACUUCCCUUUCCCUAAUAGUGAGGCUCUAACCACACAGCCUACAUGCUACGUCUCCCGUGUUAACUCUUUGCCUUUGCCACUGACUGGCCCUCUUCUUACUUGACGAGUGUAACAAGAAAGGAGAGUCUUGUGGUGAUUGAUGUCUCUCUGUGGACUCUCCCCUCUUAUGUACUUCUUUUAGUCAUUUUGCUUCACAGCUGGUUCCUGCUAGAACUGGGAAAUGCUUAAGGUGGUGACUCUGCAACUGCAAGUCACAAAGAAAUGGAGGCUCUACCACAACUUUCAAGCAUCUCCUGAGGAUCAGGGAGAGUUUCCUUCUCAAAGGAUACUUCCAUUCAUGGAAACAAAGUGAAAAGAAAGAUGCUCAGGUAGAAAGAAGGAAGGCACCUUGUCCUACUUCCAUCUAUGGGGACCAAAUAUAUUCUCUUUGGUAUGCAAAACAGAGAAUUCAGUCCUGUCUCCCUAUUACCACUGAAGAUAGAAGAAAAAAGGAAUGCCAAUAAAACAAUAAGAGCUUUUCCCAAAAUCUACCUAUUGCAGCUGGGAGAGGGGGUCAAAGCAAGGAUCUUUCACCCAUAGAAAGAGAGCGCUGACCCCAAUGGCAAAGGACUAUUUAAGCCAUAACUCAGCCAACCUUACUUAUAGCAUAAGGGAGCGUAGUGUCUGUGUAAACAGAGGGGAAACCUGGCCUUACACCUUGCUAGAGAAGAGAAACAGGGUGUUGUCAGCAUUUUCUCACCCCCUUCUCCUUAAGAACAGCUACCAUGACAACUCUGUAGUUUCCAAGGAGCUGAGAAUAGAGAGAAACUACUCAGAUUUAAAAAAAAGACUCGCUUAAGGAGCAGCAGUUGCUAGUGGCUAAUGGUGUAAACUGAGCCAGCCCUCUGAUAGACACAGGGUAGAUAACUCUAUGAUAGCAUGUCUUUUUUUUCCUGUUAAUUAGCUGUGUACUCUGGCCUCUGUCAUAUCUUCACAAUGGUGCUCUUCUCAUGGGUAUUAUCUAUUCAGUCAUUGUAGGUGAUUUGAAGAUCUUGAUUUGUUUCAGACUGAUGCAUAUUUCACACUUUCCAGUUUGUUUAUCAUUUGGCUGGGUGUGUACCAGAAAGGUCUGGAGAAUGAUUCUUUGACUAUGAUUCUUUAACAAAUGAAAAUCGAACAGUAAACAUCACAAAUGAUACAUAAAAUUGGCUAGUUCCAUGCAUCUAUUGAAAUCUUCUGUAAAUUAUUCUGCCUACAGAAACAGAUUUGGUAAAUUUGAACUUCAAUUUGAAUAACCUAUUAUUUUAAUUAUUAGCUGAUUGUUCUUUCUAGCUAGUGGGAAAUGAUUUGGUAUAGCAGUGUUACCUUGGUUUGUUAAAAAGUCAGAUUUAUCAUACAGGUUAUUCUCUCCUGGUGUAGAACACAUAACUUAAUGUUCCAGCUGUCAGCUAUUCAGUUGGCAAGUUUCCACAGAAAAGGAAAGGUUUUUGGAAAGAUUUUGAAACCUGAAUAGCUCCCAGGUUUCAGUCUUCUCUUUCUUGUUUAUUAACUUUGGUUUAAAGAUAAAAGGCUGAUUGAUCCUUAUUGAAGGAAGGAUUUUAUGGAUAUGACUGUAGGCAGCUUUUUUGUGGUAAAGAGUUGUAUAAUUUCCUGCCAAAGUGGUUUAAGCAAUGUUUAAGGAGAUGUAAUAUCUUUACAAAAAGACACUUGGUAUUUGUUUUCAGACCAGUAUAACAGAUAAGCUUCCAGGCUGCAAAGAGGGAAGAGAUGAAAAAUGUUCUGUAAGAAACCAAUCAAGAUCAAAAAAAGUGAAGUAAUCCAUACCUUGUGUUUUUUUUUAAUUUAAUAACAUAAAUAACCAACCUUUCCUGAAAACCUCCCAGGCAUACAUACACAUAUAUACACAUACAAAGAGAGAGUAAUCAACUGCAAGAGUAUCCUUCAUUUCUGAUAUAGAAUUUCAAUUUUAACACACAUAAUGGAUAAGCUUUUACAAACUUAUCUUACAAAAUGCAUUUUAUAAAAUUAAAGAAAAUAAAAUUAAGAAUGUUCUCAAUAAAA